CUUUAAAACAGCACAGCGAUUUUCACAAGCAUCGAUGUCCUCAGGCCGCUCAGGACCUUACUAAACCAUCACUACAGUUGAACAUCAUGGAUCAAUUUGAUAUCUAUGUUAACGUACAAAGACCAUUGGGUAAUCCAGGCAAGAGGACGAGUUCACGAAAAUGCUCAGAAAGUAUUUAUGCAAAUGAAGAAAGGAUCCACACACUGGAGCCAAACAAAGCUGAACCUCCACUUUCCGGUGCUGGAGACAGAAAACAAGAAAACAAGAGUCCCAACAGAGGGACUGUGGUGUUUCUGAGUGUGCUGUGUCUUCUGCUCCUGACUGGACUCAUAAUCACGGUUUCCAUAUUAAUAUUUACCAACUCUGAGCAGAAGGAGAAGAUGGCCCUGUUACACACCAGCUAUAACAACCUGACUAAAGAAAUGGAUGAGUUACAGACAAACUACAGCAACCUUAUCAGGGAGAGAAACCAGUUAGAAAACAAGCUGACUUUACAGAAAGACCAGUUACAGACCAGUUACAACCAGCUGUCAAGAGAGAAAGACCAGUUACAGACCAGUUACAACCAGCUGUCAAGAGAGAAAGACCAGUUACAGACCAGUUACAACCAGCUGUCAAGAGAGAAAGACCAGUUACAGACCAGUUACAACCAGCUGUCAAGAGAGAAAGACCAGUUACAGACCAGUUACAACCAGCUGUCAAGAGAGAAAGACCAGUUACAGACCAGUUACAACCAGCUGUCAAGAGAGAAAGACCAGUUACAGACCAGUUACAACCAGCUGUCAAGAGAGAAAGACCGGUUACAGACCAGUUACAACCAGCUGUCAAGAGAGAAAGACCGGUUACAGACCAGUUACAACCAGCUGUCAAGAGAGAAAGACCGGUUACAGACCAGUUACAACCAGCUGUCAAGAGAGAAAGACCAGCUGCAAGAACGAUUUGAAGCCCUGGCCAAAGACAGAAAUGAUCUUCUGAGAAUGCAUCAAGAAGAAUGGGAGUAUUUCAGAGGUAGUUUCUAUCGUGCUUUUCCUUCCAAGAAAACCUGGCAACAAAGCAGAGAUGACUGUCUUCAACGAGGUGCAGAUCUGAUGAUUAUCAACAGCAAAGAAGAACAGGAUUUUGCUAACAAAUUCAAGACGUACAUGUGGAUUGGCCUGACUGACUUGGAGAACGAAGGGACAUGGAAAUGGGUGGAUGGGACUCGAAUGACCAACAACUACUGGAGUUCAGGGGAGCCCAACGGUAAAAGACAAGAAAACUGUGGGAAUAUAAAGAGUUUUAAUGAUGAAAAUAGCUGGAACGAUGAAGACUGUUCCCUUUCACUCUCCUGGGUCUGUGAAAAGAAAUUGCAAAUAAAUUAAAAGACUUAACACUCAAAGCUCUUUUCAGCACACACUGAUAGACUUACAGUAGAGGGUGUCAAGCAACAUGUGGACCUGCUCAUCAGGAGCAAUGCAGUAUUUUCUCUCCAAAGACAGAAAGCACACACCAAUGGUAAAGUCAUCAGGUGCAAUUUAUGGACAAAAACAGAGCCAAAGAACACUUCAACAUGCAGACUGAACCGACUCACCGAUCUUCACAUUAAUGGUUGACCCACCCUACCCGAUGAGACACAGAACGUCCUUCCAGCGGAUCCAAACCCACCAGACAGUACAUGAAACUCAGGUUAAUAAGAGCAUUUUGCAGCUGACAAGGAGAAGAGAUUUAGCCGUUUCUUGUUGUUUGACAUUUCAGCGUUGCCUUAGACAAUCAGAAUAUGGUAAUGUGUGCAUGCACAUCAAUUUCAGGUAUAAACAGCAUUUUCAGACUUGCUACAUUAGUGUUAAUGUAACCUGAUAUGGUUACUGCACUGCAGGGAAAGUGACCUGUUAACAUCCAUAGAAAUAAAUAUCCAACAUGGGUCACUGCUUUGGUUGCAAAUAAUGAAAGUAAAAGUUUUUUGUUCCUCCUUAA